AUGAAUAUGAUGUUUCUCGAGAACGUGAGGGCCGAUUAACGAUUUUCUGCAUCGUAGUCUUAGCUUUUGGGGUAGAAUAAAGGAAAUCAACGAUUAAUUUGAUGAGAAUUAAUUUUUGGGGGUAAAAUCGAUCGUUAAUGUGAUUUUCGAUCGCGAAAUUUUCGGCCAAAACCACUCGCGUUUGGAGUGGGUUAAAAUAUUGUUCUCUGUCUCGAUUUGGAGAUCAUAGUCACCAGUUUUUGUGGUCCGAAUGAUAAAUCAAAAAUCUUGAGAAAUCGCAAAUCAUUUCAAAACGUUUUGUCACGUAAAUCGAGUACUCGAAUAUCAUCAACUUUUCUCGUGAUUAUUUUUCACGAUAAAAAAAUGUUCUUGAUAAGUGAAUGGCUUUAUAAUUGAGUGUGACGUGUCCAUUGAAGAGUAUCGUUAGUCUCAGCGGAUUAAUUGAGAUAUGAAACCGAGAUAAAAGACUACUUUUCCUUUCCUCGAAGACGAGUGAAUAAAUCGACGACAGUCAACAGUUUUUUGUCGAGUAAUACCAGGUUUUCUCGGUCACGAAUUUCAGUGGAUUUUAUGGACAGUCGUAUCGCAUCGUGGGGUUUUCUGGAGUUAAUGGGGUCCCAUUGAUUGGAGGUAUCAACAUGACGCCGUCGAAUAGGAAGACGUUGGAAGGAAGAUCGAAGCUUUGGCCGCAGUGGCUUGCUGCUGCCACAGUCACUGUACUAGCCCUUCUCCAUGGCCUCACCGGUGGCUGGAGCUCUCCGUACCUCGCUAAACUGACCCAAGGAACCGAGUCCUUGAACAUCACCGAUGAUCAAGUCUCCUGGAUCAGCUCCUUGCAUCACAUGUCCCGACCUGUGGGCUGCAUCACUGGAGCUGUCAUAGCUCAUAAAUUCGGAAGCAGAAAGGGAGUUCUUCUCGCUGGAGUUCCUCACGCCGUCGCCUGGAUGUGUUUCCUGAUAAGUCAAUCCGUCGCUCUGAUUUACACGUCUCGGGUGUCCAGUGGCUUCGCCAUUGGUUCGUACCUCACCGUCUUUCCUCUGUACAUCGGGGAGAUCAGCAAUCCCAGGAUCAGGGGAUCACUCAUCACUGUCGUCGUCCAGGGGACUGGCAUUGGGUACCUCAUGGGGAAUGCCCUGGGGGCUUAUCUGUCCAUGAAGACCUUCGCCAUCGUCAGCCUCACCAUCAGCAUCAUCUUCGUCGUACUCGUGUCCUUGAUUCCUGAUAGCUCGCACUAUCUUGUCAGGAAGAAGAAGUACGAGAAGGCAGCGAAGUCCAUGAAGUGGUAUGACCGCGGGGAUGACGUCACUGCUGAGCUCGGCGGACUCAUCGCUUACAUCGGCCCACCUCGGCAACUGUCGGUUAAGGACACCAUUCGGCUGUCCCUGACGCCGAUGAACCGAAAGGUCCUGGCGAAUGUCCUUGCGAUACAAAUUGUGAUGCAUUUGGGUGGCCCUCACGUCAUUCGGAUGUACAUGGAAAUCCUUCUGACGACCUUGAAAGUCGACGUUGUCCCGCCGUCGGUGGCGGUUGUAUGCGCUGGAGUGUUUGCGAUGGUCGGCGGAAUACUGGCGACUUACACGACUGAUUAUUUUGGGAGGCGGGUGAUGCUGGCGAUCUCCAGUCUCGGGGUCUCCGUCGUCUUUCUUCUUCUCGGGAUCAAGUUCUUGUUGUUCAGACAGGAUUAUGAUUUGACGAGGAUUCAGUGGCUCAUCAUCAUCGAGUUCAUGAUGUACAUGUUUUUUAUGAACGUCGGACUGACGUCGAUACCGUGUUGUCUGGUGGGAGAAAUGUUUCCACCGGAAUUUAAGGAACUUGGGUCGUGCGUUGCGAGUAUUGUCGCUGCAAUCGCGGCGUUUGUUGUUAGUAAGAACUAUCAGCCGAUACUGAGUGCUACGUCGGAGGAGUUUGUAUUGUUUCUUUAUGCUUUUUUUGUAUUUUUCAUGUUUGUUUAUACGGUUGUGUUCGUUCCGGAAACUAAAGGUAAAUCGCUGCAAGAGAUUCAGGAUAUGUUGAUGAAGAGGAGGGUGAGGAGGGGGUGAUAAUGUCAAUGUAGAGUUGUUGAAGUGUUGAAUAAAGAGAUGAUGAGCUGACGAAAUUAGUUUUUUGAUGA